CUUACACGUCAUGUCGAAGCGUAAAUCCGUGGAACCCCUGGAGGAAGUCCUAGCAGACGCAUCACCACUCAGCAAGAAAGUACGGAUUGAGGACAUCCCGGAGGAAGAGUUACCAACGGCGAACGGUGCAUCAGAAAACGGCACGAGUCACGACGCCGUAGCUCCUGUCCAACCGAACAAACUCGAUGGGGCAGGCGAGGAGGAGGGAGAGGUUGAAUCAGACGUCGAGGACGAUAGAUUCCCAGCGGCACCAGCGCGACAGAGUGCGCCCACGGAAGGGUACAGCGAUCUCUACCUAGACACGAUUAAUCGUUCAUUUCUCGACUUCGACUUCGAAAAGCUUUGUUCGGUCACACUCUCCAACAUCAACGUAUACGCUUGCUUGGUGUGCGGCAAAUAUUUUCAAGGAAGGGGCCCUAAGUCGCACGCGUAUUUCCACGCACUCGAAGUCGAUCAUCAUGUCUACAUCAAUAUGGCGACGAAGAAAGUCUACGUACUUCCUGAAGGCUAUGAAGUGCAUAAUAAGAGCUUGGAUGACAUAAAAUAUGUGGUUGAUCCGAAGUUCACAGAGGAUGAGGUGCGCAAGUUGGACAGAGACCCUAGGUUAUCAACCGACUUGUCGAACAAGAAGUAUCGUCCUGGAUUUAUUGGUAUGAACAAUAUCAAAGCCAACGAUUAUCUGAACGUGGUCGUGCAGGCUUUGGCACAUGUUGCACCCAUAAGGAAUUUCUUCCUUCUGCAUCAAUUUCCCCAGACGACACCGCAGCUACCCGUCCGCUUCAGUACGCUGGUGCGCAAGAUAUGGAAUCCAAAAGCCUUCAAAUCACAUGUCUCGCCUCAUGAGUUGUUGCAGGAGAUUGCGCUGAGGUCAUCGAAGAAAUUCACUCUGACCCAGCAAUCUGAUCCUGUGGAAUUUCUAUCCUGGUUCUUGAAUAACUUGCACUUGACGCUCGGCGGUUCGAAGACGAAACCUUUGUCCUCGAUCAUACAGAGGACCUUUCAAGGAAAGCUGCGAGUAGAGUCGCAGGCAAUCGCAGCAAAAUCCGACACUACUGGUGACCGUCUUAGAUUCGAAGAGUCAUCAACCAUUGCAAACAACAUUACGCCGUACUUGAUCCUCACGCUCGACUUACCUCCAGUUCCCCUCUUUCGGGACGCUGUUGAAUCGAAAAAUAUCAUUCCUCAAGUGCCACUCACCACUCUCCUGCAGAAGUACAACGGCAUAAAUGCGUCCGAGAGACAGGCACAUCGACUUCGCCAUCGGCUUUUGCACCCAUUACCUCAGUAUUUACUAUUCCACAUUAAGCGAUUCAGCGUCAACAAAUUCGUAUCGGAACGGAAUCCAACGAUUGUAACAUUUGGUUCGCCUAAAGGCUUGGACAUGUCUCCUUAUGUUGAACCGAACCCGGCUAUCCAUCCGCCGGGUGAACCAAUCCUCUAUGAACUGGCUGCCAAUAUCAUCCUUGACACGACUUCUGUGUCGACUGGCGGAGGUGAGGAUUCUAAUGCUGCUGAUGCUGCGAACAAAGCAGCGGGUGCCGAAGUCUCAAGGGUAGCAUGGAAAGUACAGCUCCACGACAAAGCUGUGGGACAUGCUAAGAGAAACGAUUUACCGGAGUGGAUGGAGAUUCAGGAUCUCUUCGUUGAAAGAGCUGAAGCGGAAACUCUGUUCACCAGAGAAGGAUACCUCAUGGUCUGGGAGCGCAAGAAAGAAAAGCCCAAGCCUAAUGGAGAAGCAAAGGGCAAAGCCAAAGCAUAACGUAGAUAUGUGCCUCCCUGUAGCAAGAGCGACAUGUAUGAUAUUGUCCCAAUACCUUCUUGCUAUACUGAG